GUUAAUUACACACUAAAUUCCCACUUAGAUGUCAGUGAGCGAUAAGAGAGAAGACGAAGGGGGUCUUCACCCCCCUUCUUCCUACGCUGCAGAAACCCUAGAAAACAUUGAUGAACAAAUUCGACGUGUUCCCAAAUCCCAUAUCCUCACUUGUUCCAGCUGUUUGCUUCAAAACAAUAAAAAAAUAAAUUUGAAAAUUCAACGCAUUCCAGUUCAUUGAACCUGGACGGAAAUCAGAAAUAUUAAAUUCUCCAGUUGUAUGUUGAGAUGAUGAAAUCGGAGAACUGGUCGAGUGGAUUCCAUGCAAUACACAAGGGAAAAGGUGAUUGCAUUUUCCGGCCAAGAUGGUACGUGUUGGAGACGAGGGUGGCGGUACAAGUGAAGGCAAUAAUGACGGGUCUUACGUUCACAAGGUGGGGGUGCCACCUAAGCAAGGGCUCUUGAAGGAGAUCAAGUUUACGUUGAAGGAGACUUUCUUCCAUGAUGAACCUCUUAAACAUUUCAAGGACCAAUCGAAAUCGAGAAAACUGUUACUUGCUAUACAAGGCGUUUUCCCGAUUCUUGAUUGGGCUAAACGCUACAAACUCCACUUGUUCAGAGGUGAUCUCAUAGCCGGGCUCACCAUUGCAAGUCUAUGCAUACCUCAGGAUAUUGCAUAUGCAAAGCUUGCCAACAUGGAUCCCCAGUUUGGCCUAUACAGUAGUUUUGUUCCGCCAUUGAUUUAUGCAGCAAUGGGAAGUUCGAGAGAUAUAGCCAUCGGACCGGUGGCUGUGGUUUCUCUGUUGCUUGGAAGUUUGCUUCAAAAGGAAAUCGAUCCCAAACACAAAGUCGAGUAUCAGAAACUUGCCUUUACGGCUACUUUCUUUGCUGGGAUCAUUCAGUUUACUCUCGGUUUCUUCAGGUUGGGUUUCUUGAUCGACUUUCUUUCUCACGCGGCGAUUGUGGGAUUUAUGGCAGGAGCGGCCAUAACUAUCGGCCUUCAACAGCUGAAGGGGUUGCUCGGUGUAAAGACUUUUACCAAGAAAACCGACAUAGUUUCUGUUAUGCGUUCCGUUUGGACUAAUGUUCAUCAUGGGUGGAAUUGGGAGACUUGUGUCAUAGGAAUCACAUUCUUGGCUUUUCUGCUCCUUACCAAGUAUAUUGGAAAAAGGAACAAGAAACUAUUUUGGGUUCCUGCGAUAGCUCCAUUGCUGUCUGUUAUCAUAGCAACGUUCUGCGUUUUCAUCACCCGUGCAGACAAGAAAGGAGUCCAAAUCGUCCGCCAUAUUGAAAGAGGCCUACCCCCUCCGUCUCUCGAUCAAAUCCACUUCACCGGCAGCUAUGUCAUGACCGGUUUCAGAAUUGGCGCUAUCGCAGGCUUAGUUGCACUAACCGAAGCAGUAGCAAUUGGUCGAACAUUUGCAGCAUUGAAAGACUAUCACUUAGAUGGGAACAAAGAAAUGGUGGCAUUAGGCACAAUGAACAUUGUCGGCUCUAUGACUUCUUGUUAUGUUGCCACAGGAUCUUUCUCGAGAUCGGCUGUGAACUACAUGGCGGGAUGCAACACAGCUGUGUCGAACAUAGUAAUGUCGAUAGUUGUCUUACUAACGUUGCUGGUGAUCACACCCUUGUUCAAAUACACACCCAACGCUAUUCUUGCUGCCAUCAUUAUAUCUGCUGUUGUUGGAUUAUUCGAUUACAAAGCUAUGAAACUUAUAUGGAAGAUCGAUAAAUUCGACUUUGUUGCUUGCAUGGGUGCCUUCUUUGGUGUCAUUUUCAUCUCCAUCGAAAUUGGCCUUCUCAUCUCGGUGGCAUUAUCGUUUGCUAAGAUUCUUCUGCAAGUGACACGUCCAAGAACUGCGGUUCUUGGUAAAAUACCGAGGACUACGGUUUAUAGGAACACUCAGCAAUAUCCAGAGGCAACUAAAGUUCCUGGUGCUCUCAUUGUCAGAGUCGACUCUGCAAUCUAUUUUUCCAACUCCAAUUACAUUAGGGAGAGGUUACUGAGGUUGUUGAGUGAUGAAGAGGAAAACCAUAAAGAGAAUGACCAGUCAAGAAUCCAGUAUUUGAUUGUCGAAAUGUCUCCUGUGACAGAUAUAGAUACUAGUGGGAUUCAUUCCUUGGAAGAGCUGCAAAAAAGUAUUCAAAAGAGAGACAUACAGCUUGUUCUUGCAAAUCCGGGGCAGACUGUAUUGGACAAACUACAUGCGUCAGAAUUUGCCAGCAAAGUCGGAGAAGACAAGAUUUUCCUCACUGUUGCAGACGCUAUCUCGACUUUGUCUCCCAAACUGGAGCCUUGAGAGGUCCAUUUCUUCGGCCCGAAAAUCCAUCAAGAUUCAUCGAUACAUUUUUGUUUUCAAGUGUGGAAAAAAUCAUCUAAAUUUGAUCGUAAAGCAUGCUAUAGUGUUGAGAAUCUACUUCUAACAUCUAUACGUUUUACCUUUGCGUGCAUUUUCUUGUUUCUUUUUUAAUAUCUUUGUCAAUUCAUUUUUUUUUAUUAGUAUUAUUUUAUUUAUUUUCGGAAUCUCUCCACGGUUGUGUUGGUGGAUGAUGUGUUUGAGUUUGGGAUUGUCUUAUUAAUUCAAUAUAAUUUCCACUUGGGUUUGUUCUUU